AGAACAUGGAUUACAGGAAAAUGUCUUUAUAGAUUCGCCGCAAUCGUGGAACAAACUUUUUCUUUUGGAUGGACCUUGCAAACAUGAUCUGAGCCGGGGGAUUUUUCUUCCCUCACUAGAUGCAAUGGAAAUAUGAAAUAUGCAUGCUUAAAACUGACCUGACGCCAGUCAAACGAUUACAGUCUUCGAUAUGGCAACUCGUGCAGGUUUGGUUCGUGGCGCGCGCACGUUCAUUUGGCCUUUCGCUUGUGUGCUUGUGUGUUUUAGUUGUUUUUCCAUCGCCUCAUCCAACCACCACGGCCAUCGGUUGAUCUGCUGGCAAGCGAUACUCAACUGCCAGUCGGAGCCAGACUGUCAUUACGCUUAUGACCAAUAUUUGCACGCCUGUGACUCGAUACUGAGUGGCCAGAGGAAGAAAUGUCCCAGUCACUGCAUCUCGUCGCUGGUGCAACUCAACCUGACCAAAAGCGGCCCGGCGCUGGAGGACUGCAGCUGCGCCUCGGACCCCCGCUGCCGGGAGAUCAAGCGAGCCAUCGAGCCGUGUUUGCCCAAAACCAGCAGCAUGGGUUGCACCGAAGCCCGGCGCCAGUGCGAGAGGGACAUCCAGUGCCGAAGCGCCAUGGGCGAUUAUUUACUCCACUGCGGGAAACUCUUCAGCGGCUCCAGCUGCUCGAACCCGUGCCGCAAUGUCAUCGCGUACAUGCGCAAACUCCCCAAAGCUCAACUCCUGGAUACUUGCGUCUGUGACGGCUCAGAGCGGACUAUCUGCGAGUUCAUCAAAAACAGCAUGAAAACGCUUUGCUUUGACUCUCCCCCCGUGGAUGAAGAAGGCUCCAGCGGGUUGGACGAUGAUGAGCCCGAUGAUGAUUAUUACUCAGAACCAGAGCCCACGAGGAACACAGGUUCUGCUUUUGUGGCAUGUUCUGUUUUGACUGUGGUGGCAUCCAUUUUGGCUCUAGUGCCGCUUCCUUGAUCACUUUGAAGUCGAGUUAAUGAUCCGCUCCAACGGCUGUUCGGGAAUAGUGCAUUUUGUCAUUUUUUCUCCUGUUUUCCAGUUCGUUUAUGGCAUGCUGUUUGCACAUUUGUUCCUUAAAACGAGCUAGUUUUUAUUUUUAUGCGUAGCAAGCAAUCCAAUAGUGACUAUCAUUUUCACAUUUUAUGAAGUGUUCAUUAGGUGCUACUACUGCUUUUUUAGGAUACUAGUGGCUUUGCCAGUAGUCAGUAGUAUCUAUCCCACUUUUUCCUCUAGCAGACUUUUUUUUAAAUCUCACUAGUUGCUAAUUACGUGAGAAAAAAUAUUAAAUGACAAAAAAAAAAAAUACAGAAAGUUUACCAGUAUGUAUGUUCAGUUGAAAAACCUGAAUAGAUUCUAAUAACUUUGAAUAGUUUGUGAACCACAGCUCCCCAUAGAAAUGAAUGGCAAAAAAAUAGACAAUGUCAUAUAAAUGAAUUAUUCACCGGACUAAUCUGGAAUAGUGACUAAUAGCAGAAUUACAAGUAACUACAAAUUUCUGAAAAAUACAGUAAAUCGAAGACAAUAGCAUUGUUGGAUUACUUGCUAGCAAGUACCAGUAAUAUAAAAAUAAAAACUAUUUCGCCUUAAGGAAUAAGUGUAAACGCAGCUUGACGUGAUUUUCUCCAAAGAGUACAAGUUAAGCUUUGUGUGACACUGAGGUGCAGUUCUUAUCCGGAAAUUGUCACAUUGUAAAUGUGUUUUGAUUCACUAUGCAGAUUUACAGUUACAGAUUCGGCCCAGGUGAACGAUGCCUUGCCUAAUGAAAGUUUUAACUAUCAAGCUAAAAUUCUGAUUCUGAAGUUAAGAGCAGGGAUACAAGUACUUUAGGUCAGUCGACUGCCUUAAACACCAGCUUGCCUAUUUUAAGUGCUAUUUUGUAAAAGACAAAUUUAUUUCCUUAAAGAUAUAAAAAAAAAAGUUUAUUUUGUUACCUAGACCUAUUUUAACAGCGAAAGCUGUAAUUAUAAAACUGUGCACUGCCAAUGUAAAACUAGAUUUUUUUUUUAAAUAUGUAAAGUAUUUUUAUAAAGUUGCAAAUGACUUUGGAUAAGUAACUUCUGUAAAAAGCGUUUGGGAUGCUGGAAUGAAUAAGGAGUAGAUCUCUAUGUUAGCUAGUAACGUUUGAUAAAAGUCCUAGAGAUUCGAGACAGAGAACUUUAUUUUUGUCGUAAAAUAACCGUCAAAACAAAGGGUGAUGAUUCCAGCUUUAAAGGGAAGUUAAAUGUUUGUUGUAAUUAUUUUUCUUUUAAGAUGUUGUACAGUGUACAGAUUUUCAGAGAAUCUUUUAAUUGUUAUCUAAGAUGAACUAUUUACUGUGUAGAAAUGUCUAAAUCCACUGUAUGACUGCCUCAGUGAUGUUCUUUUUAUAGAAGGCAUAAAAACUAAAGUACAAAGA